AGUGGACCUGUGAAUUAACAGAGCGGAGCCCGAGCUAGUUCUCCAUUCUCGACUCAAAGGAGAGAGAGAGAGAGAUAGAGAUUGAAAGAGCCGUUCCUUUCUUUUAUCAGCAAGAAAAUUUGAGUAUUUUUCUUCCAUCAUAGAGAAAGAGAGAGAGAAUUGUAAGGUAUCGGCAGGAAAAUUUCUGGGUUUUUCCUAGAAAUUUGGUUGCUCUAUUGUGUGUGUGUGUGUGCGUGAGUACUGUGAGUGGGGGUGCGGGGAGGUGGUGGGGAUCAGAAGAUCUGAGAUCGAUGGCAACGUUUGCAGGAACAACCCAGAAGUGUAAAGCUUGUGAGAAGACUGUGUACUUGGUGGAUCAGCUUGCGGCUGAUGGAAAGCUCUAUCACAAGGCCUGCUUCAGAUGUCACCACUGCAAGGGCACCCUCAAGCUCAGUAACUAUUCCUCCUUUGAGGGUGUAUUAUAUUGCAAGCCUCACUUUGACCAGCUAUUUAAGAUGACUGGCAGCUUGGAUAAAAGCUUUGAAGGCACUCCAAAAACUGUUAGGGUUGACAGAUCUGCUGAUCAGGGGCAAAACAACAGCAGAGUUUCAAGUUUGUUUGCUGGAACGCAAGACAAGUGUGUUGCUUGCAAGAAAACUGUUUACCCAAUUGAAAAGGUGGCAGUUGAUGGCACUUCAUACCAUAAGGCUUGUUUCCGGUGUUCUCAUGGUGGGUGUGUGAUCAGCCCAUCAAACUAUGUUGCUCAUGAGCACCGACUCUAUUGCAAGCACCAUCACACCCAGCUAUUCAGGCAGAAGGGGAACUUCAGCCAGCUUGAUAAGCAUGAACAAUCCAAAGGGGUGACUGAGAACACAGUGGCCGAGUGACACCAUGGAAGUCGUUAUUAUGCCAUGGCAUAAGAUCACACUGGGAACUGGGUUUUCUGAGAGUUUGAUGCAACUAAUAAAUGUAUAUGGUGUUUUUAUACAAAUAUUGUCGAGGAAUCUUGAGUAUAGGAGUCUCAUUUUUCUGCUAUUUUUUUUUUUUCUUUUUCUUUGGAGUGUGAGCUUGAAUAAAGUAGUUAGUGAGCUUUGAUUCAGAGUCUUAUUCUCUUCGUAUAAAGAAGUUUGUUCCCUGGACUGAGUUGGGUCCUUUAUUUUUGGGUGGUGAAGGUGAUGUUUCUAUUUUUCUCUUUACUGAAUUGAACUUAUGAACCAAUUUUGAUGAUUCUUAGAUUUCAUUGUGCUCAA